AUGGAGAAAACAAGUGUUGUGGAAGGUGCAAGGUCUCCCAUGCAGAUGAAGAUGGUUGAUGAACUGGAAGGCAACACCAACACCCUACGCACUGCUGAGACCUUCCUACGGUUGCUUCCUGUUGGUCUUUGUGUUUCAGCACUUGUUCUUAUGCUUAAGAACUCUCAGCAAAAUCAAUAUGGCUCUGUUGAUUACACUGACCUUGGAGCUUUCAAGUAUUUGGUGCAUGCCAAUGGCAUUUGCGCAGGUUACUCUCUAUUUUCAGCUGUUAUCUCAGCUAUGCCACGCCCUUCCACUAUGCCUCGUGCUUGGACUUUCUUUUUGCUUGAUCAGGUGCUAACAUACAUAAUUCUAGCUGCUGGAGCAGUGUCAACUGAGGUAUUGUACCUUGCUGAGAAUGGAAACACUGCAACAACGUGGAGCGCAGCUUGUGGGUCUUUUGGUCAAUUUUGUAAUAAGGUGACAGCAUCAAUAGCUAUCACAUUUGUGGCAGUUCUUUGCUAUGCGUUGCUUUCCCUCAUUUCCUCUUACAAACUGUUCACCAAAUAUGAGGCACCAGCAUGCAGACCUACUGCACCCAUUGAGGUUGCUGCUUUCCCUGGCUGA